AUGUCGGGUCCUCUGGAUCGAUUCGCCAGACCUUGUUUUGAGGGAUUCUCAGGUAGUGAUGAGCGGAGAGAGAGGAAAUCUGAUUUUGAGAACUCUGAGGAUGAGAGGAGAACGAGAAUAGGAUCAUUGAAAAAGAAAGCACUUAAUGCAUCUACGAAGUUCAAGCAUUCUCUGAAGAAGAAGAGUAGUAGGAGAAAGAGUGAUGGAAGGGUUAGCUCUGUUUCGAUUGAGGAUGUUAGAGAUGUUGAGGAAUUACAGGCUGUUGAUCAAUUUCGACAGGCUUUGCUGAUGGAUGAAUUAUUGCCAGAAAAACAUGAUGAUUAUCAUAUGAUGUUGAGGUUCUUGAAAGCAAGGAAAUUUGACAUUGAAAAAGCGAAGCACAUGUGGGCCGAUAUGCUUCAAUGGAGAAAGGAAUUUGGUACCGAUACCAUUAUGGAGGAUUUUGAAUUUAAAGAGUUGGAUGAAGUUUUGAACUAUUACCCUCAAGGUAAUCAUGGUGUGGAUAAAGAGGGGAGACCUGUUUAUAUAGAAAGGUUGGGAAAAGUUGAGCCUAACAAACUUAUGCAUGCUACAACUAUGGACCGGUAUGUGAGGUACCAUGUGCGGGAGUUUGAGAAAAGCUUUGCUAUAAAGUUUCCAGCUUGUACUAUUGCUUCGAAGAGGCAUAUAGAUUCAAGCACGACUAUUUUAGACGUUCAAGGAGUGGGUCUCAAGAACUUCAACAAGUCAGCACGGGAUCUCAUUAUGCGGCUUCAGAAGAUCGAUGGUGACAAUUACCCUGAGACUCUACAUCAAAUGUUCAUCAUCAAUGCUGGUCCUGGAUUUAGGCUGUUGUGGAACACCGUAAAGACUUUUCUAGAUCCUAAAACCACGUCCAAGAUUCAUGUUCUCGGGAACAAGUACCAGCCUAAAUUGCUUGAAAUAAUUGAUGCCAGUGAAUUGCCAGAAUUUCUGGGUGGUACUUGCACAUGUGCUGAUCAGGGGGUUGCCUUCGAUCAUCCAGCUACCUGCACCCAUGGGUGUAAUGUACUAGUUUGUGGUAAACAAGGUAACAAAAAAAAAUUGAUCAUUUUGAUAUCAUUGCAGAUGGUCCUUAAUGGUGAACCACGUCGAGCCAGGCAGGUUGUGAAAGUGUUAAACAGCGAAGGCAAGGUUAUUGCUUAUGCUAAGCCACAGUAUGCAAUGUUCAAAGGUAGCGAUACAUCCACUGCAGAGUCAGGAUCCGAAGCUGAAGAUAUAACUUCCCCUAAAGCAAUGAAAAACUAUUCCCAUCUUCGACUGACUCCUGUUCGUGAAGAAGCUAAGGUAGUCGGAAAGGCAGGAUAUGCUGGAAGCUUCCCAGGAUAUGAUGAAUAUGUACCUAUGGUUGACAAAGCUGUUGAUGCUGGAUGGAAAAAGCAAGCAGCUAUCCAGAAGCCUUCUGUUUCCAAAGCGACAAUCACCCUUCCCAACACUGAAAAGACUCCAGAAGGGGUUCAUGUUCGGAUUUUUGUAGCAGUUAUGGCUUUCUUUAUGACACUUCUUACUCUCUUCCGCUCACUGGCAUCCCGAGUAACCAAAAGUCUUCCCCACACCUUGUCUGAUUGUGAACAUCAGAGUUCUCCUGAACUAGCCCUCGAUGCAACUCAAAAAGAGGGUUGUCCCCCUUCAACAACUGUUGCUUUUACUGAGGCAGAUCUCCUCUCUUCUGUGCUGAAAAGGCUAGGUGAGCUUGAGGAGAAAGUUGAUACACUUCAAGCAAAGCCAUCAGUGAUGCCUUAUGAAAAAGAGGAAUUGCUAAAUGCUGCUGUUUGUCGUGUGGAUGCGUUGGAAGCAGAGCUAAUUGCUACUAAAAAGGCUCUAUAUGAAGCUUUGAUGAGGCAGGAAGAACUGCUUGCUUACAUAGACAGUCAAGAAGAAGCCAAGUUCCACCAGAAAAAGAAGUUCUGCUGGUAA